GAGAGCGUGGAUGGAUUUCAUGAUGAAGUGCUUGUUGCUCAUACGGUUGCUACUGAGGAAUCAAAGACUCUUACAAAAGCUUCUUCCAUAGAAGGAAAAUCCAUGCCAGGCUGUUAUACCCUUGCAGCUAUCAGAGGAUUUGCAGAUCCUGUACUAGUGCCAUAUAAUGAUUCAAGGCUUGCUGGUACAAUGGUUACAAUAAAACGUGAAGUGAGGAGCCAUCGAACUCUUGCUGAUACAAAUGUUGCUCCUAACUCUGAGAAAUCAGGUGAGAAUCUUGAACCAGAUUCAACUUUUAGUGAUGUAAUAAGCUUUACUAUGACUUCUAACUGCCUUCUGCAGAAUGAUUAUGCAGUUCCAGUAAAGAUUUCGAACAAACUGCAAAGUGGGGGGAAGAGUCAGUUCAGUGAAUCUUCUCAACCCACAUAUGCAUCAGUCCAUGCGGGUUCUUCUAGUAGUAGGCCAUCCUCUAAUUACGGCAGCAGGUCACAAGUGAUUGGUACUAAAAAAGCUGGUUCUACCAAAGAGUGGAAACCAAAGACUACGAACUCCACAAUAGCCCAGGUUUCUGGUAUAGCUAGCUCGACAGAAGUUCCUAAUGCACCAGUUGAAAGUGUUCUUCAUCAGUUCCUCAAUCACAGCCAUCUUCAGGAGGUGAUAUGGAAGAUUUAACUUCUAACUUGCAGAAGUUGGAGCUGCCUCUUCCACAGCGACAUCAUGUUCCCAUGCCAAACCAUAUCCAUAUUCUUUAAUCGGAGAGAACCAAGUUGAGCUUUGGAAGCUUUGAUGCUAACUUUGUUGUAACCUCAAGUUCUACUAGUGGGCCAGAGAGUGAGAAAAGCUCCACUCCCUUGUCCGAUGCAACACACAACGUUGAAGAAGCUCUGGAGGAGCCGGCAGCAAGGUGUGUUUUAAUACUAUGGCCAUUGAGUUUGUUAUUGAGUUAGAUAGACUGGUGCUAUCAAAUAUAGGUUGUAUACUUCCAAUUUUAUACUUUUCCUGACUUGUUAUACAUGGCUAUCAACAGUCAAGUUGCAGUAGGAAAUUAUUGAAGUACUUUUGUUUCUGUUUACUAUUUAUUUAGUGUUGAACCAUUUGGAAAUUCAAUUUGUUCUCUCAUUUGGAAUGAACGAAGUAAACCCAAUCUGGGUUCACAUAUAGUGACGGGAAUGUCUGACUUUAGUG